CCGGCAAUCUCGUAUAAACGGCAGAAUCAAAGGUUGAUAUACUUUAAAUUUAUAUUUACAAUCAAAAUACUUAUGAUAUUGCAAUACGUUGAUAUAAUAUAUUAAAAGAAGAAUCGUGCAUUCAAGGAUUAAACAACCCUGCGCAACCCUCGGAUUGCCUUUGCUGUUGCGAGAAACCGGCGAGUGGCGAUACACCGAUCUCUGGCAUUGGAUUUCGUUGGAACAGAACGAGCUGGCGCAGUGGAUCCUGGGAGUGUGAGUGGAUGGAGCGGAGUCGAAGAAGACGUAGUCAGCGUAAACGAGCUGACGAUAGGGGCGAUAGAAACGGCGAUGGCGGCGGUGGCGGCGGCGGCGGCGGCGACGGCGGCGGCGGUGGUGGUGGUGGUGGUGGUAGUAAUAGUAGUGGUGGUACAACGGGGGAUAUGUAUCUAGCUUUACUCGAACACACCGCUCUAUAACCGUGUGCCUCUGCUCCCGACCUCGAAGGAUCGCAGUUCUGCGCGAUAUCCUGCAUAUCUCGGCAUACCGUCCUCGUCGUUUCCGACAUUGUUCCCCGGCCCCGGCCCCGACCCCAGUGUCCCGGCUCCAACUCCCGAUCCACCGGCGAAUAAUCCUACUCGUUCGACGUCUACCGGGCCCGGCUUCUCAGCUAGAUUCCACUCGAUUCUGGUACCGUGCUUGCUGCACCGAAAACCCGCCACUGUCCAUAAUAAUUGAACGCUUUUUCCGAUAAACACCAUCGGACACGCCUGGCAAUCACAGCUUUACACUGCCUUUAGAGAAUUUUAGGGAUAGUUUCAGUUUUGUCAGGUUGUUACAUGUUUGAAAUGGCAUCUAAAUUUUAAAAGAAUAUCCAAGAGAUAUAAAAUCUUUACUAUAUUAUUGCCAUCACUCAGAUGGAAGUCUCCUUUUUUCCCUCGAAAAAAGAUUGUAUCAUCGUAAUGUUACACAAUGUGCAUUAAGCAAGGAAAUAUCCUCAGUAAGGAUUUUUCGCUGCAUUAUUUUCAGCGACGAUUUUUCACGUUGCAGUAUUCUUAUCGUAAAUAAUUUUACGAUGCCUUUCGCAGCCCCCUCGUCGAUUUUAUUACUUAAAAAGAAAGGGGUGAAAAGACGUUCGAUCCAUUCCGACGACGAACCUUCGCAUCACCUCAUAAACUUGAAAAACAUUUCUUAUAACCGGCGGAUAUUUUGCGGGGGUGAGAUUCCUGGAAGAGCUUAUCACAGCGAUGAUUUACUUGCACGAACGACAAGCUACAAAAGUAUUAAAAUAUCGCGUGAACAGCGCAUUCGAGGAAUUCCCGUAUCAUCCGUGGAACAGAGAUGCUUUUAUAAAACGUUACCUUUCCUUACGAAGUUUAUCUCUUAAAAUUUCUUCGGAAUACCUUUCGCAUUUUAAGGAUACGUUAUAUCCUUUAUUACGUUUCUUUUCUAUUCCUUUUUCUGUUUCAUUUUCAGAAUCUUUUAGAAUCUACUUAGCAUUUUCGAUUAAAAAUUUUGAGAAUUUGUAAUUAAAUCGUCCAUUGAGUCAUCAUCAAUUGUAAAUGACGAAUGAUCGUUUCAAAAUUCUGAUUUUCUUUAAGUUUCAAGAUUAAAAAGAUACGUUUUCGAUAAUACCAAUGUAAUUUCGGUGAGCACUUGACCCGCCAACGUGAUAUCCGAACCAUAAUCUAGCCAUUGUCGCGACCCAACGUAACAAAUCCAAGUAGGAACUGGAAUUGGCCAGCUUCCGUGUCCUGAGAUGUAGUUUCAAACAAUGUAGGAACAAUAGAUGUAACUUUUGUGAAAUGAUAAUUUCAAGUUUACCCCAGUUUCCGCAGUAUCUACCGUGUUGUUAUGUCCAGAAAAAAUUUUUUCAAAGCGGCACAUUCACGUACAAUUGUUAAUUAAUUUUUUUUCUGUUCUUAUCCGAAAUAUUUGUAAAAGUUUAUUUUCUUCAGAGGAGAUCCUCUUUAUUCAGACAACGGGCCUCCAAAGUUUCAAGAUGAUAUUGUUUUUUUUUUUUUUUUUUUUUAAGAGAAAUUAUACGUUUUCAUUCAAUUAUGAUUCCAGUAGGAAAUGCCAACCAAAAUGAAUUUACGGAAUGGUUAUACUUUAACCGAGGGUGAAGAGAGAGCCGCGGACGCGAAAUUGCUGUGAAACUAACGGAAUCGUUUAGCCGGCGCGCGGCUCGUCGACACGUCACGAAAAUCGAGCGUUAACGUAAUUAAGUAAUUAAACCUCGCGGGUGAAAUCGGACCGUGCCUUUACCCCCAUUCAAUGUGUCGCGUUCGGUGAAAAUCCGCACGAAAACUGUGCGCGUUUCAGCCCCGCGGCUCGCCAGCUACUGUCACCGUGCACGCUCCGCCUACUCUGUGGUCGUUCGUAAACAUUUGUCCAGGCACAAUGUGUCCAACUGACAAAAGGAGCUUGCUGCAGUACAGCGCGCGCGUUUAAAAGCAUUAAUUACGACCGCUUUUGUCUCUCUGUAAAAGGCAUGCUUUGACCGUCAUUUUGAUACGUGACAUUCGAUUUCACGAGCGUUUUGUCAUGUUUAAAAUCGGCCCGAUAAACGCUUGCACGUGUGCGUUCAACCACACCGACAGUCUUCAACCUAUCAACCGGUCCUUUAUUUUUUUUUCUCUCUCUCUCUUUUCGCGUCACUUUGAGCGUUAAUCGCUUUCGCCAUUGCGUCGAGCAGUUCUAUGUAGAAAAUGUCAUUUAUGUAUGUAAGUACGUAUAAAUAUUAGGGAUAUUUUCUACUAAUUUUUUUCUAAAUUGUCUGUUUGUUUCUAAUAAUCUUUUAAUCGUAGCGCCUUGGUUAUUAUUAUAUUACGAAACUGCACUAUU